AUGCCAAAGCCAACCGUUUUGCCACUGGUACUGUGUGUCGGCCUCGCCUUCAGCCUGAGCCUCAUGUACCAUUAUGGACAUCCGGACACUAAUAUAACUUACGAGAUACUUGAAAGGGGCAGGAUGCAGGAAAGUACAGAGGAGCGCUUCCGUAGUCGCCGCCAGAUGGUGUUCGAGAUCUGCCAAGGUGGAGAGAACAAGGAAGACGUAUCUUUUUCCAUCAAAACACGUAUUUAUCACUUCUGGAAUCAUAACGCCAGUAUUUGCACCAUGGGGAAGGUUGGCUCAGAAACCUGGCGAUCUCAUGCGCGACGAAUCAAUGAGAUACAAGGGCACCCUAUGCGUGACGUCAGACACCGUGCCCUUUUCGAGAAGCCUUGGGAACAGGUUGUUGACUACAGUAAAUCCGUUUCAAGUUGGAUUGCAGUCAGGCAUCCGCUAACCCGUUUGGUGUCAUGUUAUCAAGACAAGUUUCGAAAUGGAUCCGAUUUUCCUGAAUGGAGGAAAGCUGACCUGAAGGAGUUCUUGUUACCAGCGCUACUUAGCAAUGGCCUUGUUUUCAAGUUUCAAGAAUCAGAAGUCUGGAAAAACUUUCUGAACAAGAAGAAAAAGUCAUUCGAGAAACUCGAUCCCGAGGACGAGAGAGCGCGCCUGAGUGUGACCUUCACGGAGUUUCUGAAUCACGUUGCCAACACGUUCGAAAAUGGCCGUAUUAACAGGCACUGGAAAACAUACGGCCUCUUGUGUUCGCCUUGUUUCUUCGACUACGAGUACAUAAUUAAGACAGAAACACAAGACCAGGACCUGGAGUUUGUUUUUAGCAGAUUCGGCAUCCCUUCGGAUCCUCACCAAGCUAAAAAGCUGAGAGAGGGCACUGAAACGAAAAUGAAAAGGGAUUUAAGAUACUAUGAGACUGUCCCCUUGGAGGUGAAGAUGAAAAUUUACAAAAUCUACAAGGCAGACAUGGAAAUGUUUGGAUAUGACCUUCCUGAAGACUUCUGACAGAUGCCAUGAUCUCCUGA